AAUGCCCUAAUUAGGUCCCUUUGCCUGCUUUUCAGUUUUGGUUUAUUUUUUCAAUUGUUUCUUCACACUUCCAGGAAAUUAUGGUGUUUUCCAAGUAAUUACAUUCCAGCCUGUGAAAUAUGGGAAGCAAGUGCUGGUGCUGGUUUACAGAUGUAAAUGUUUUUUUCCCCCAGGUAAUGCCAAGGAGCUUGCCAACAUCCUCAAGUUCCACGUGGCUGACGAGAUCCUGGUGAGCGGCGCGGUCACUGCCCUGGUGAGGCUGAAAUCCAUGCAGGGGGACAAACUGGAAGUCAGCAUGAAGAACAACGUAAUACACAUCAACAAGGAGCCUGUUGCUGAAAGCGAUAUCAUGGCCACAAAUGGUGUCGUUUAUGCUGUGAAUUCUGUCUUACAGCCACAGGCUUCAAGGCCACAAGAAAGAGGUGAUGAGCCUGCAGAUCCCGCAUUAGAAAUCUUCAAACAGGCAUCUGCAUUAUCCAAGGUUUCUCAGAGGAAUCCUCGACUAGCCCCCGUGUACUCCCGGAUACUGGCGAGGAUGAAGGAGAACUCGGGGGGAUUCUGAGCCCAUCAUGAGCAGCCACAAGUCAGUGCCUCCAUCCCAUCCACUCCAGCUGACAGCUGAAGAGAAGGACAGAACCUUUUCAAAAACCAAAUGCCACCCUUAAAUUUAUUUUUCUUUGCAAUGAAACGGAUAGAAGAAAUGAAAAGCCAUAUAUAUGUAUAUAUUUUAAGACCAUUUUUAUUUGGUUUUGACUUCCCAGACCAAUGAAAUAUUUUGAGGUUUUUUUGUUUGUUUUGUUUAAUUUUUGUUUUGUUUCUUUUUUAAAUAAAAUUAUUCUCCAACUUUCAAUGUUUUGGGCUUGAUAGGUACAUCCAAGGGCCUUUUAUUUUUUAAACAAGCAUGUCCUUCCUUCUUCCCUUGGAUUUUAAAAGUCUUCCAUGAAAUUCUGAUCUGCAGGCUUUUGACAAAAUUCUCUCCAUUGACAUUGAGAAAAUUGCAGUUAUAAGCUAUGGUUUGAAGUAUUAAAUUUUUUUUUUUUUUACUGGGGUCUUUUUUUGUGCCUAUGGGUUAUAACUGUGCUGCAUUUUGUUUAUGAGAUUUGAAAUGAGAGUUCUCCCUGGCUGAAGCCUUCCAGUAAAUGAUUAAUUUUUAAUAAUGGUUGUUUUUUAAUAAAAAUUAAAAAUAAAAUCAAAAAUAUAAAUAUGAAAAGUGA